UUAAAAAUGAUAACAUUAAGUACCACACCAGCUCCAGGUUAGGAUAUACAAAUUUUCGGGUCCCUUCCCCUAGGAAUUCAAGACAAGGUCUGUUGAAUUAUCAUUGCUUGUCCUGAUUCCCAUCACAGCAUAUAUCGAAAAUCACUCAAUUCAAUUCAAUAACAAAAGGACAAAGUCCUCUCCAUCGGACCGUUAGCUUGGGAUGAAUUCGCAUUAAAAUCUGUUCUAAACUGGGCAGCAAGAAUGCUGGUUUUGGGAAUGAGCGUAAUAGGAAAAGGGGUUUCAGGCUACCAAAGCAGUGGAUGAUACAUAUCAGAUGGAGUGUGUAAGCAAAACAAUAUUUACUGAAGUUCUUCAAGUCUUGCUCUCCCUCAUCUUCCUUCUGCAAGCUCUGAUAAAAUUGAUAACAAGAAAGUUAGAGAGGCGCUGUCCUUGCCACAGGCAUUUUGAAGAAGAGCUAGAGAAGGAGAGGAAUGCUUCAGCCAUUGCAGUAGAGCAGGCCAUGGCCAUGAUUUCUCGUCUUCAGAAGGAGAAGGCCUCCCUUGAGAUGGAUGCACGCCUGUUCCGCAGAACUGCAGAGCAGAGGCAACUUUAUGAUCUUCAGACGAUUAAUUUUCUCAAGGAGGUUGUGCUCAAGCUUGAGAUGGAAAGAUAUGCUCCUCAACGACAGAUUGCUUUUACUUUUCCUUCUACUCAGGUUGAAGACCAUAUUUUAAUGCCCAAGGUUUUGCUACAUCGACCAGAGACACACCAUUGCUUGAGUGCAAGAUUGUUUGAGUAAACAAGAUUCAAGGAAUCACCAGUUGCAUGGCACCCUUUGUGAAUCAAACGCUGCGAGCAAGGAUCACCAGUUUGCUAGGAAAUAUAUGUGCAACUGUAUGCAUAUGAUCAAGAUGUCAGAUUUUGAGGGAUUUAAAUGGGGAUUGUUGCUUAAUGGUCCAUAACAAUACUUUUGUUGGCUAAAGUCUAUUUACUUUUGAUGGGAAUUGAUCUCUAUUAUGUAUCAUACCCAUAAAAAAAUCUUGCAAAGCUGUGAGUGGACAAUGUUGGUAUAAGAUGUUGCCACAAGGGCAUUCUAUGAUAAUGCAGAUAAUGUUGAAUGGAAACAACCCCAGAGAUGGGAAUAAGACCUAGAGAAACUUGCAAAAACAAUAAUGGGUAAGACCUAUGAAUAAAAAUGCUUUUAAUGGAAGUAAUAAAAUGAGACAUUUUUUUUGGUAAUUAGAUAAACCGAGUUAUGGGUCGA